CGCGGGCGCGGGCGGGAGGCCGCCGCCGCUAGCCCGCUCCGCUGCUCCGCCGGCCCGGCCUCUCCGCGACCAUGGUGGGAGCGAAAUGAGCCCCGAGCCGGAGCCGCCGCCAGGCUCGGCGCGGGAGGGAGAAGAGGAGGAGGAGGAGGAGGAGGCGGCGGCGGCGGCGGCGGCGCCGAGAGAAGGCGGCGGCGCCAGGCGGGGCGGCUGCAUCAUGCUGGUGAAGAGGGUCUGCCUGAAGGCGGGCGGCGGCGGCGCGCAACAAGGUAUUGGUCGGCCAAGCGUAUACCAUGCGGUGGUGGUCAUAUUUCUAGAAUUCUUUGCCUGGGGACUGUUGACAACUCCAAUGCUAACAGUCUUACAUGAAACAUUCUCUCAUCAUACAUUUUUAAUGAAUGGUCUUAUUCAAGGAGUUAAGGGCUUUUUAUCCUUUCUCAGUGCUCCACUAAUAGGUGCUCUGUCAGAUGCAUGGGGAAGAAAAUAUUUUCUUUUUCUCACGGUUUUCUUCACUUGUGUCCCAAUUCCAUUAAUGAGAAUAAGUCCAUGGUGGUACUUCGCUAUGAUUUCAGUAUCUGGAAUCUUUUCUGUUACCUUUUCUGUAAUAUUUGCCUAUGUAGCUGAUGUAACACAAGAACAUGAAAGAAUUACAGCCUAUGGACUGGUAUCUGCCACCUUUGCUGCGAGUUUGGUAACUAGUCCUGCCAUUGGUGCAUAUCUGUCUGCCAGCUAUGGAGAUAAUCUUGUUGUGCUGGUGGCCACAGUGGUGGCUGUUCUGGACAUCUGUUUUAUCCUGCUAGUUGUACCAGAAUCUCUACCUGAAAAAAUGAGGCCUGCUUCAUGGGGAGCUUCUAUAUCAUGGGAACAAGCAGACCCUUUUGCAGGAAGUUUAUCUCUGUUUGUAUUCCUGGUAUCCGAAGAAGAGAAUGAAUUGUUCUUAGGGCAGAUCACUCUGCUGGGACUUCUUUCUCUAAAGAAGGUUAGAAAAGAUUCUACAGUUCUUCUGAUCUGUAUUACAGUGUUUCUCUCCUAUCUGCCUGAGGCUGGCCAAUAUUCUAGCUUUUUUCUAUACUUGCGCCAGGUUAUAGGGUUUGGAUCUGCUAGCAUUGCAGCAUUUAUAGCUGUGGUAGGAAUUCUGUCUAUAAUAGCUCAGACUGUGUUUCUCAGUAUCUUGAUGAGGUCAAUAGGGAACAAAAAUACAGUUCUCCUUGGCCUUGGCUUUCAGAUCUUUCAGUUGGCUUGGUAUGGUUUUGGAUCUCAGUCUUGGAUGAUGUGGGCAGCAGGAGCUGUUGCAGCUAUGUCAAGCAUUACAUUCCCAGCAGUCAGUGCUCUGGUUUCACGAAAUGCAGAGUCAGAUCAACAAGGUGUAGUCCAAGGAAUAAUAACUGGAAUAAGAGGUCUGUGCAAUGGUCUGGGACCGGCGUUGUAUGGCUUCAUUUUCUUUCUCUUUCAUGUGGAGCUCAAUGAAUUGCCACCCGAUCAGAGUUCUGGAAGAAAAACAAUGCAGGAUCCCAGUGAUGAGAGAGCAAUCGUUCCUGGUCCACCCUUCCUGGUUGGAGCAUGUAUUGUUCUUCUGGCUGUACUAGUAGCCUUAUUCAUUCCUGAGCACAGUAAAGCCAGCAGUACCAGAAAACACAGCAACAGCAUCAGCAGUACACUGAGCAACAACCUAGACAGAGGUAGUGAAGAGGACAUUGAACCACUGCUGCAAGAUAGCAGUGUAUGAAGGCUAACUUCUGAGGAGAGUCUGGAAGAAAUUCAUACACUGAAUUGCAGAUCUGGAAGCUGGGUAGGAUGUGCUGAGUAUCUGUCCUCCAGUAGGAAGGUAGCAAUGUGCAAAGCAGGGUAUAUGCUGUAUGAAUACUCAAAUCUGUACUUGAGGCUGAUUCCACACUUGCAAGAGGGAUUAUCACAGAAUCAAAGAAUUGGUGAAGUGGGAAGGGACCUCUGGAGACCAACUAAUCCACCCCCCUGCUCAAGCAAGGUCACCUAGAGCAUGUUAGGGUUGCAUCCAGGCAGGCCUUGAAGAUCUCCAGAGAAGGAGACUCCACCACCUCUCUGGGCAACCUGGUCCAGGGCUCCGUCACUCUCACAGGGAAGAAAUUCCCCCUCACGUUCAGGCGGAACUUCCUGUGGUUCAGUUUCUGCCCAUUGCCUCUUGUCCUGUCACAUAGGACAACUGAAAAGAGUUUGUCCCUGUCCCCUUGACACCCUCCCUUCAGGUGCUUGUACACAUUGAUAAGAUCCCCCCCAAGACUACUCUUCCCCAGGCUAAACUGGCCUAGCUCUCGCAGCCGUUCCUCCUAGGGCAGAUGCUCCAGCCCUCGGAUCAUCUUUGUAGCCCUACGCUGGACUCUCUCCAAUAGCUCCAUGUCUCUCUUGUAGUGGGGAGCCCAGAACUGGACACAGUACUCGAGAUGAGGCCUCCCCAGGGCUGAGUAGAGGGGCAGGAUCACCUCCCUCCACCUGCUGGCAACACUCUUCCCAGUGCACCUCAGGAUGCCAUUGGCCUUCUUGGCCACAAGGGCACAUUGCUGGCUCAUGGUCAACCUGUCAUCCACCAGCACUCCCAGGUCCUUCUCUGCAGAGCUGCUCUCCAGCAGGUCAGCUCCCAGCCUGGACUGGUGCCUAGGGUUAUUUCUGCCUAGGUGUAGGACUCUGCACUUGCCCUUAUUGAGCCUCAUGAGGUUCCUCUCCGCCCAGCUCUCCAGCCUGUCCAGGUGUCUCUGGCAGCACAGCAAACUUGCUGAGGAGAUUGCUAUACUAUCUAGCAUAGGAGGUCACAACUAGAUGUGAUUUGAUUUCCAGUACCCAGUAAGUGACUGCAAAUGCAUGUCAAAUCCUGAUACUGGGUAAAAACCUCAAUAUACAGACAUAGUGGAAAGUCUGAAUGUGCAGUUCCCAAAGUAAUAUGCAAAAUAAUCAGGUUUGAGGCAGAACACAAUUUCUGUCACCACUGUUAAUGAUUGUUUUGCCGUUUUUAUGCCUUUUUUUCUGCAUGCAUGCCCCCAUGUAGUCCUCAUGGAUAUGAGAGGGACUGAUCUGUAUAGUUCUGGUAUGUGAAAUACUGUUUAUCCAUAAAAGCCAUUUUGAAUUUCCUGAAUAUGUAUUUUCAACUAUUACUUACUAACCUGAAAUCCAGUAGUUACCAGAAGACAUUGAUAAAAACUGAGAUGACUUCAGAGGAUGAAUGACUACACAUAACAGUCAUGCCCCCUAAAUGAAGAUUAUAUCUAAAUCUUAAACCCACAUUUUAGAACAAUCUGUGCUGAGCAAUUAAAGCAGAUCCAGAAGGCACCUGAAAGCACUGGUCAUAAAUGUUUUACUAAUAGGAAAAUAAAAUUUCAGUGAUGUAAUGUAUAGUGUCUGAAAUGUGGACAAUCCUAAUUUCUGAGGAAGGAAAAUCAGUGUGUACCAGAGAAGUUUACAUCAAGAAACGUGUAUAUUUAUUGCAUUUUGUCACUUUAUCUGCCAUAUGAAACAAUCUUUUCUAUUAAUUCUUUUCAUCCCUGCCUUAACUGCUAAUUAGUGUUCAGUUAUUAAUCCUAUUUAGCCUUCAUAUUACUGUGUCACCUGCUAAAUCUCAUGGAUGUAUUCAUAUCAAACUUCCUUUUUAGAAGAUGCUUUAAAGAAGUUACAGAUGGCUACAAAUAUGCUAAUUUUUAGAGACAUUUUAUGAAAAAUACAGAUUUAUAUGUAUUUUGCUGCAGUGUAAAUGGACCAUUAAACCUGACUUUAACAAAGUGCUCCUAUGAAUGUUUUAUAUGUAUGCAAUAUAUGUAGAUAUUUGUAAGGAGUUUUAAUUUUUCCAGAUGGGGUGCUGUGUAAAUCAUGUAUUUGUAAAUUUAAUGAGGGUACUGACAGAUAUACAGCUUUUUUAAAAAGAUUGUGUAUUGACUGAAGAAACUUUACAAAUAUAUAUUUUGAAACUUGUUCCACAUGAGCAGAGAUAACAAACCUUUUUGUACUAUGCAGUUUAGUUUUUAAGUUAAUAAGCUUCCUAAUGCAUAAUAAAUCUGCAUCUUAAGCUUU